UUUGGUCACCGAGAGCUGAAGUCGACGAGAACCGAGAGGCAAGAGCUGAAGUCUUUCCGCCAGUCACGCCACCGGCCAACGCUGCUCUCGGCUGGUCACCCCACCGCCCACCGCUGCUCUCCGCCAGUCCGACGCUCCUACCAGCGCCACCCCCCACCCCCACGACUGACUGUCUCGCAACUGCCCAGUCGACGAAUUCGUAGGUUUGGAAUUUACUCUUUCAAGUUUUGGAAUUCGAGUGGUAGCAAUUCCAGCUUUUUCGGAAGUUCCAUUACGCCGCCCACCAGAAUCCGCCGGAAAAGUUCACCGCCGUCACCCACCCAGCGAUGUGGACGAAAAAGCUUCGGACUUUUGUCCCAUUUUCGAGAACCCUCUUUUAUCGAGACCCACCUCUUUCUUCAACCUUACUUCCAAUCCCUUUUCAUUCCCUCGCACAAAUUACAAUCCCCUUUUCUUCUUCUUCUUUCCAUAUAGAAGAAGCUUCUCCUUCUAGUGUGUUCCAAUCCCAAAGGCUUCAUUUGAUCGGAGAAAACAUAUGUUUCCAAAGUGGGAAAUUGUUUUGCUCAGUAUCUGCGGAGAAAUUUAAGUGCUGGAACUGUAACUCUGUGGGAACAAGUAACCAGCCAUUUCUUGUCUGUGAAGCUUGUGGCAGCGUUCAACAUGUAGAUGAAUCCAUUGAUUAUUUCCAAAUUUUUGGAUUGGAGAAAAAAUAUGAUAUCGAGGGGGAGAAUCUCGAGCGUAAGUACAAAGACUGGCAGAGGAAGCUGCAUCCUGACUUAGUUCAUACAAAAUCCGAGAAAGAAAAGGAGUUUGCUGCUGAACAGUCUGCUCGUGUAAUUGAUGCAUAUCGAACACUCACAGACUCGUUGUCAAGAGCAAUAUAUAUUGCGAAGUUAGAAGGUUGGGAUAUAGAUGAAGAAGAAAGGAUUUUGGACCCGGAGUUACUAGCAGAGAUUAUGGAAAUCAGGGAAGCUAUUGAAGAAGCGGGAGACUCGGAGGCGCUGAAACAUAUUCAGGCACAGAUACAGGAAGAGUUUGAAGAGUGGUCGAAAUCUUUUGCAAUCGCGCUCGAAAAUAGAGAUGGUGAAGAAGGUGUGUCAUGUAUCAGAAGAAUGACAUACUACAAGAGGGCAAAUGAAGAAAUCAUCAAGAAACUGUGAGACUGGAAACACCAUUCCAACAUUGCUCAUUUGCUGGGUGGGAUGGGAUUUAUAUUGAAAAGUAGUUUCUUACUAACCAAACAUUUAUUUAUUAGUUAAAAUGUCUUUAUGGAAGAUUAACUUAACAUGCUAAUAAGGACAGACAGGAUUGUUUUAGACAUCUCAGAAUAAAAAUUUUGCUCGUUCUCCAGGUGAAUGUUGAGUUGAAUUAUUCAUUUGCUUUACUUUUUUUUAGCAUGUCAGACUCUGUGGAAUUAAUUAUUCACCAUGGUGAGAACCUUUAUCCAAAAUCCUAGGCUCCAUUA